AUGGAAGAUGCUGGUGUUAUCGUCAAGCAAACAGAACCCACAGAUUGGGUCAACAGCAUGGUUACAGUAAUAAAACCCGAGAAAAUCCGAGUGCGUAUUGAUCCAAGAGAUCUUAAUCAAGCAAUAAAAAGAGAACAUUAUCCAAUGAGAACGUUUGAAGAAGUUGUUGCUUGA